GUAUUGCUGCUCUUGAGGUACCAAAGCAAUGGCGAAUUUGACAGUGUUUUUGCUGUGCUUUGUAGUGUUGUCUGUCAAAGGAUACACGACAACAACAAGGAACUACCAAUGGGACAGUUCGACAACCCAUAGGUCAACCCCAAGCACCACGACAUCGACAACCAGACCGUCAACGACAACCCGCACCACCACCCCCGACUGGUUGCACAGAACCACGACUAACCCAUGGCUGAUUUAUCAACAAAGCACCACGCCCUACUACAACCCCUACACGACACCUUACCACCCCGACUGGUACAACUUGUAUACCACACCAGACUACUACAACACACCAGACUACUACAACCCCUACACGACCCCUUACCGCCCAGAAUGGUACAAUUGGUAUACCACACCAGACUACGAGAACACACCUAACUACUACAACCCCUACACGACACCUUACCGCCCCGACUGGUACAACUGGUAUACUACACCAGACUACUACAACACACCAGACUACUACAACACACCCGGCCCUUAUGAUUACACCACACCCCACUAUAACUACCACACUACUGACGGCCAGCCGCAACCUCUGAGAAAUUAUAUCCACCUGAGCGUGGAGCCCAGUGCAUCCACAGGUAUGACGGUGACGUGCAGGCUGGAUGCGAUCCCUACCCAAGGCACGGACGUCGAGAGCGUUGUUUCCAUGGUGAUCAAAAGGGUUCAGAUGCCUCAGCGUGAGAUUAAAAACGUGGCAACCAUCACAGCCUUCCAUCCCGACACCCCGAGGUUGGACACUGCCAUACAUGGCGCUGAGGUCAAAGGUGCCUUCUAUGACGACUCUAGGUACCUGUCUGUCACCUGGAACUUCCCCUCCACGGGCGAGCUGACAGACUACAUGUGCGAGACCCACUUCCUCAACAACUUCGGGGACACGGUUGUGGUGACGGUCUAUGCUAAAACCCCCACCAGUAUCGUGGUAGACAACAACAUGACCAGGACAGAGCUGAUGCUAGAGCUGAGCACCGCAAUAUUUGAGAACCAGAAACUGCGGGAAGCCAAUCGAAAUCUGACGGAGGAAAAACUAACCCUCUUGCUUUACAUCUUCCGUGAGCCUGUGCAUGGACACUUCUCAGGGGGCCUUUCGUCCUACUACAUGUCCAAGUUCCAGUCACCCAGUGAUCAGGAAGCUGCAGAAGUUUGUCGGUCAGGACUUGGGGGGUAUCUUCUGGAGAUUAAUAGUCUUGAGGAGUACCUGAUGAUACAGAACUAUGUCAACACAGAGACCAAACCAGGAGACACCGUCCUGACAGGUGCCAAUGACAAGGCGCUAGAGAACAAGUGGAUCAACGGACACAGCAACAGGGCAGUGACGUACUUUGACUGGGGGCCUGACCAGCCCCACGGCGGACUGGCCAAGAACUGCUUAGCCUUGUGGCACUCUGAGACAGACGGAACCAAGAUGGCGGAUAUUCCAUGCGCGACGAAUCCUGAAGCUUAUACAACUUACUUCAUUUGCGAGAAAGAUGCAAUUGUUCGUUGAUCUAUUUCAGCGUGGAUCAAAUGCGAAGCUAUUAGACCUAAAGCUAAUUUUAAGCAAUUUUUAAAUUUAAAAAUGUACUAUCCGAUAUUGUAGGCUAUUUCGGUGGUUCUUUAAAAACAAGAACUAAAUAUAAGAAAUAUAUUGAAAAAUAAAUGGGAGUACUCAACACGUCGUGGGUUUAUAAAAAUCUACUGAGAUGUAAUUUUAAUUAAUUUUAAAAUGCGCUAUUAUAAAUAAAAAUUAACAGUUCAAAUUAAGGUCCGAUUACCAAAGUGAGGCAAAAUAGAUGAAUUCUAUCAGACUUUUUUCUCCGGCCAUGGCACUUGAAACUUUUGGAGGAA